AUGACACUCACAUUCAAUGCCGCGCUUCCCGAGCUUCUGACACGCAUCCACACCGUUUCGCAUCCCGAGGCAAGUUCACCCUUCUUUGGGGAGUUGGGGGACUCACCGAGCCGAGGCCGCAACAGACCGACUGAAAGAACGCUCGGCAAUGAGAAAAACGUUGGGCAGCUAAACGAGUAG